CCCGCGGACCAAACUGCCGCGGAAGAUGGCGACUGAGGCGCUGAGUGGAGGGGAGGCACCGGCCUGCAACUCCGGCCGGAGUGAUGCCAUCUGCAAUUUUGUCAUUUGCAAUGGUUCUCCCCUUCGAGGUCAGCCUAUUAUCUUCAAUCCAGACUUUUUUGUGGAGAAACUACGACAUGAGAAACCAGACGUGUUCACUGAAUUGGUGGUCAGCAAUAUCACAAGACUUAUUGAUUUGCCUGGAACUGAGUUGGCUCAGCUGAUGGGGGAAGUGGACCUUAAGUUGCCUGGUGGGGCUGGCCCAGCUGCAGGGUUCUUCAGGUCUCUAAUGUCUCUCAAGCGGAAGGAAAAAGGAGUGGUAUUUGGGUCUCCACUGACAGAGGAAGGCAUUGCCCAGAUAUACCAACUGAUUGAAUAUCUGCACAAAAACUUGCGAGUGGAAGGCUUGUUCAGAGUACCAGGCAACAGUGUCCGACAGCAGAUUUUGAGGGAUGCUCUCAAUAAUGGAACCGAUAUUGACUUGGAUUCAGGAGAGUUUCACUCAAAUGAUGUUGCCACGCUGCUGAAGAUGUUUCUAGGAGAGUUACCAGAGCCCCUCCUGACCCAUAAACAUUUCCAUGUUCACCUCAAAAUUGCUGAUUUGAUGCAGUUUGAUGAUAAAGGAAAUAAGACCAACAUACCAGACAAGGAACGGCAGAUUGAGGCCCUGCAGCUGCUUUUCCUCAUCCUGCCUCCAGCCAAUCGUAACCUGCUGAAGUUACUGCUUGAUCUCCUUUAUCAAACAGCGAAGAAGCAAGACAAGAAUAAGAUGUCCGCCCAUAACCUUGCCCUUAUGUUUGCACCCCAUGUCCUGUGGCCCAAAAAUGUCACUGCAAAUGACCUUCAGGAGAAUAUCACAAAGUUAAAUACUGGGAUGGCAUUUAUGAUCAAACAUUCCCAGAAACUUUUCAAGGCUCCUGCUUAUAUUCGGGAAUGUGCCAGACUGUAUUAUCUGGGCUCCAGAACUCAAGUAUCAAAGGAUGAUCUUGAUCUGACAACCUCAUGUCAUGCCAUGUCCUUCCAGCUGGCAAGAUCUCAGAAACGGAACAGGGUAGAUUCUUGUUCUCAACAGGAGGAGACCCAGCAACAUACAGAAGAGGCACUGAAAGAACUCUUCCAACAUGUCCAUAACAUGCCAGACUCCACGAAGAAGAAACAGCUUAUUAGACAGUUCCAUAAGCAAUCUUUGACUCAAACACCGGGGCGAGAACCUUCUACUCCCAGGGUGCAGAAGAGAGCGCGUUCACGUUCCUUUAGUGGGCUUAUUAAGCGCAAAGUCCUGGGCAAUCAGAUGAUGUCAGAAAAGAAAAACAAGUCCCCUACUCCAGAGUCUGUAGCCAUGGGUGAAAUGAAGAGAGUCAGCAAAGAAAAUAUGAGCUUGUUCUUUUCCGGUUCUCCAACUGUCACAAUGACGCCAACAAGAUUGAAAUGGUCUGAAGGGAAGAAAGAGGGGAGGAAAGGUACUCAUUGCUGCAGGCAUGGUCUGCAUAUUUGGAAUCUCAGCACUCAGGAGGGACAGCUGGAGGAUUUCUGGAAGUUCAGUUACUACUUGGUAUAUCAGCAGCAGAAAGAGGAUAAGUGUGUUGGCCGUGUAGCUCCGAGGUAG